AUGCAAGUAGAUUUCAUUAAUUGCUUUCGGGGUUUUCAUAGGGAAGCUUUAUUAUCUAGAGCCAUCAUAUCCUCGUUUUUAACCUUGAUUCUGAAAUCUUCUAAUCCUUUGGGUUUAGACGACUAUAGAUCGAUAUGUUUGGUUGGGUGUGUUUACAAAGCCAUUUCCAAAUUGUUGGCUUCUAGGUUGAAGAAGGUGUUGGGGUCCAUUGGGUCGAAGUGUCAAAGUGCCUUUGUUACGGGAAGGCAACUUCUCGAUGGUGUUUUGGUAGCCAAUGAGGUGGUGGAUUUGACGAAAAGAGAAGGGAUUGGGUGUUUACUUUUUAAGGUGGAUUUUGAAAAGGCUUACGAUAAGGUGUCUUGGAACUUUCUUAGAUACUUGUUAAAGAGAAUGGGAUUUGGGAUUACUUGGAUGAAGUGGAUGGAGGCGUUGAUUUUCUCAAGUAAGAUGUCGGUUCUUGUGAAUGGUAGUCCUCCGGAGGAAUUUGAGGUGGAAAAAGGGUUAAGGCAAGGUGACUUGCUAUCUCCUUUCCUUUUUGUCAUUGUAGCGGAGGGUUUGAGGCGUUUGGUGGCUAAGGCGGUGGAGAUGGGAGAUUAUGUUGGUUUUAAAAUGAGGAGGUCUUGCUCGAUGGAUAUCCUUCAAUUUGCCGAUGUUACUUUACUUUUUGGGGAAGGGAGUUGGAAACAAGUUUGGACAAUCAAGGCUUUAUUAAGAGGGUUUGAAUUAGUUUCCGGGCUUGGGAUUAAUUAUCAUAAAAGCAAGCUAAUUGGUAUUAAUAUUGAAAAUCAUUUCUUGGAUUGUGCUUCUCUUUUUUUGUCAUGUAGGAGGGAAAAUAGCUGUUUUUUUCUUGGAAUUCCUAUAGGAAUCCACCCUAGAAGGAUUUCAUCGUGGAAUAUCAUCCUUGGCAAAAUCAAGUCGAGGCUUUUGGAUUGGAAGGCUCGGUUUUUAUCCUUUGGAGGAAGACUAAAUCUUAUCAAGUCCGUUCUUAGUAGUCUAGCCAUCUUUAUGUUGUCAUUUUACAAGGCGCCUAAGAAAAUCUUAAAGGAAAUAACGAAGGUGCAAAGUAACUUUCUUUGGGGAGGAGGAGGAGAUAGGAAGAAAAUUCAUUGGGUUAGUUGGAGGAAUAGUUGCUUCCCAACCGAUAGAGGAGGUAUCGGUUUAAGAAGAAUUAGGGAUUUCAAUUUAGCUCUCCUUCAAAAGUGGAGAUGGAGGAUUCUUGGAGGUUCGGAGGCGCUAUGGUACGAAGUGUUGAAAGCAAGAUACGGAUACAUAAAUCUUCAAGUUGUGGGAGGGGCCGAUUUUGAUCAUAACAAGGUAGUGAAAUCUUUUUGGUGA